GUGGAAAGACACCGUACCGGCCCGUUAGGACGGUCGUUGUGACGUUAUUUCCUCUGCUUUGCCUUUGACCUCGUCCACAUUGUUGGUGGCGGGAGAUUCCAGCAUGGCGGUGCAACCAAAGCAGAGUCUGUCUAUGGACAGUGCAUCAGAAACUGGAUUUCUAAAUUUUUACUUCUCUAUGUCUGAAAAACCAGACACUACAGUGAGAAUAUUUGAUCGAAGUGAUUAUUAUACUGUGCAUGGAAAAGAUGCUAUUUUUGCUGCAAAGGAAGUCUUCAAGACGAAUGGAGUUAUCAAAAAUCUUGGUUCAGGUAGCAGGAGGCUGGAGAGUGUGGUCCUCAGUAAGAUGAACUUUGAGUCAUUCGUGAGAGACUUGCUCCUGGUCAGGCAGUAUCGUGUGGAAGUGUACAAGAACAAGGCAGGGAGCAAGAGCAGCAAGGAUCACGACUGGCAAAUAGCCUACAAGGCCUCUCCAGGGAACCUGACCCAGUUUGAAGAGGUCCUGUUCAGUAGUGCAGGAGGCCCAGGAGAAGGUGCUGCUGGAGUGGUGGGGAUACGUUUGGGCACAGCAGGUGACGGUCAGCGUGUUGUGGGUGUUGGAUAUGUUGACAAUGCGCUGAGGAAACUGGGUGUCUGCGAGUUUCCUGAUAAUGACCAGUUCUCCAACCUAGAAGCUUUCCUGGUACAGGUUGGCCCAAAAGAGUGCGUGCUCGCUGGCGGAGAUGCAGCUGGGGACGCUGGUAAACUUAGACAGGUGGUAGAGCGUGGAGGCAUUCUCCUUUCAGACAGGAAGAAGGCAGAGUUUACGACCAAGGACAUUGUUCAGGAUCUCAACCGUCUGCUGAAGGCUUGCAAGGGAGAGUCCGUUUCUAGUGCUGCACUACCAGAGAUGGAGAAACAGAUUGCCAUGUCCUGUUUGGCAGCCGUUAUCAAAUACCUGGAGCUUCUUUCUGAUGAGUCCAACUUUGGUUCCUUCAAAAUGAUGAUGUUCGACCUCAGCCAGUACAUGCGUUUGGACAAUGCUGCUGUACAGGCUCUUAACCUCUUCCAGGCAUCUUCUGAUGAUUCUACAGGUACCCACUCCCUGGCAGGACUUUUGAACAAGUGCAGAACACCUCAAGGCCAACGUCUGGUCAACCAGUGGAUCAAACAGCCUCUCAUGGACAAAAACAAAAUUGAAGAAAGGCUGGAUCUUGUGGAGAGUUUCGUAGAGGACUCGGAGCUGAGGCAGAGCUGUCAGGAGGACCUGUUACGGCGCUUCCCUGAUCUUAACCGCUUGGCUAAGAAACUACAGCGGCACAGUGCCACCCUGCAGGACUGUUACCGCGUCUACCAGGCUGUGGGUCAGCUGCCAGGACUGCUUCUGGCCCUGCAAAGACACACUGGAAAUCAUCAAGUCCUGCUGAAUGCAGUCUACAUUUCGCCCCUCAGUGACCUAAUCUCAGACUUCUCCAAGUUUCAGGAGAUGAUUGAAACGACACUGGACAUGAACCAGGUUGAGCACCAUGAAUUCCUGGUGAAACCAUCCUUUGACCCUGCACUGAGUGAACUGAGGGAGAACAUGGACUCACUGGAGAAAAACAUGCAGGGCUCCUUAAACAGUGCGGCUCGCGAGCUCGGUCUGGAUGCAGGUAAGACAGUGAAGCUGGAAUCCAAUGCGCAGAUGGGUUACUACUUCCGGGUCACUUGCAAAGAGGAGAAGAGCCUGCGCAACAAUAAAAAGUUCACAACUCUAGACGUGCAGAAGAACGGAGUACGCUUCACCAACAGUAAGCUCAGCUCUUUGAAUGAGGAGUACAUCAAAAGCAGGGAGGAGUAUGAGGAAGCACAGAACGCCAUCGUUAAAGAGAUCCUCAGCAUCGCCGCCGGCUACGUGGACCCUGUGCAGACGCUCAACGAUGUGGUCGCACAGCUGGACGCAGUGGUCAGCUUUGCGGUGGUGUCCCACGCAGCUCCCGUGCCCUAUGUGAGGCCUAGGGUGCUGGAGAAAGGCUCUGGCACGUUGAUUCUGAAGGGAGCACGUCAUCCCUGUGUAGAGGCCCAGGACGACGUGGCAUUCAUCCCCAAUGACGUGACUUUCACUAGAGGAGAGAAGAUGUUCCACAUUAUUACAGGUCCAAAUAUGGGUGGGAAAUCAACAUACAUCCGUCAGGUGGGGGUGAUCGUGCUGAUGGCACAGGUCGGUUGCUUUGUACCCUGUGAUGAGGCGGAGGUUAGUGUAGUGGACUGUAUUCUGGCCCGUGUGGGUGCUGGAGACAGUCAGAUCAAAGGGGUGUCGACAUUUAUGGCAGAGAUGCUGGAGACAGCCACCAUCUUGCGCUCUGCCACUGAGGACUCUCUGAUCAUAAUUGAUGAAUUAGGCCGGGGAACAUCCACUUAUGAUGGCUUUGGCUUGGCUUGGGCAAUCUCUGAGUACAUUGCCACGCACCUCAAAUCUUUCUGCCUUUUUGCCACUCACUUCCAUGAGCUGACUGCCCUAGCACAGCAAGUGCCAACGGUCUGCAACCUACAUGUUACUGCACUUACUACAGACAGCACUCUCACCAUGCUCUACAGGGUGAAGAAAGGUGUGUGUGACCAGAGCUUUGGGAUCCAUGUGGCUGAGCUGGCUAACUUUCCCAAACAUGUAAUCGCUAGUGCACGAGAAAAGGCUCUGGAGCUUGAAGAGUUCCAAUACGUCUCCAGUGCUGGUGAAGAAGGGACUGAGACUGGGCCUGAAACCAAGAAGCGCUGCAUGGAGAAACAGGAGGGGGAAAAGAUCAUCGAGGCAUUCCUUGCUAAGGUGAAAGUGCUGCCAGUUGAGGACAUGUCUUUGGAGGACAUCAAAGCACAGCUGGGCAAAAUGAAGGUGGAGGUGUUGGCCCAAAACAAUGGUUAUGUUAACAAAAUACUGUCCUGCACUGCAAAUGUGAAAAUGGAUUAAGCAUGAGAAGACUGAUGUUUGAUGCUUGUGAUUCCUCUCCAGCUUUUUCAGCUGUACAACACUAUCCAUUAUGAUAAACACCUAUAACAUAAGAGUAUUUUUGUAUUUUAAAACAUUUUUCUGGCUUGUUUUCUUCUCCCUUAUGUUCAGUCACCCAAUUUCAUUGUUUCUGUAGAGUUCUGUUUUUCAUAGUAAACGUGUUCUGCCUGUUGUGUGGUUUUUUUUGUUUUUGUUUGUCUCCAUGUGACUGUCGUCCUGCAUAAGUGUUUACUGGUUUUUUUUUUGUUUUGUUUUUUAAUGUUCUGAUGUGAUGUUGCUUCUGAUUGUUUAGGUAGGUAGAGGAGUCAACAUUCACUGCAACAUUGCUCCCUUUAUAUUAUUGUAGAAAAACAAUUCAAAGAAAUUGUGCCAUCUAGUGGUAGAAUCAGAUCAGUCAACAUUUAACAUUUUUGAACAAAAAAAAGCAUACUUAAUAUUUUUUUGUUUUUCUUUAUUUUUAAAUUAUACACUACAAAUAUGCUACUCAAGAGCAUAGAUUAUAAAAUUGUAUUUAGAAACGUACCCUGCUCCAGGGAUGGAUAGUGUAGCUCAAUAUUCAUCACUUGUGAUAUUUCCAUCUAACUGGGACCUGAUCAAGCAAAAAUUCUGCGACCAUUUUUAUAUUUUAUGCCGCUAACACAGGUGCUUUUGCUCUUAGGGUUUUGGGUGAAUAUGUUCAAAUAUUUAGAGUUGGCACCAUCUGAUAACUUGUUUAUUGCAGUUGUACUAGACUGUCUUGAACCUGAAAGAUACAAUUUUAUGCCCUGUGGAAACCGAUGGAAGGUAAUUCUACAGCCCAUGUUUCACACACAAAAAUGGAGUUCUGGAAAUUUUCUUUAAAAGAUGCACUGCUAAAAAACGCAACGUUCAGGUUUUAAUCUUUUGUGAAAUUAUUGCUAGCCACUUCUAUAUAUAUGAGUGCAUGCUGCGCUUACUAUUUGGUUCUUAGUGAGUUUGGUGUUAACUAACCUAUUGCAAAUGGCAAAUUUAGCUUUUGUUGGAUAGGUUUUAAUUUGAUUCCACAGACACCUUAAGUAAUGUUCAGUGGUUAUAGCUUUUUGUCCAAAAUGUUAUUUUUCACGUUCAUUCUGUGGUUCCACAGAGCAGGAUACAUUAAUACCUAGAGAAACUGAUCUAUUCUGA